CGCAGCAGCAGCAGCAGCAGCAGGACGGAGGUACUUCAGUUUUUGAAGCCGUGGCAUGAAUGAUCUCAUCUGAACCUGAUCUCCGCUUUCUCCGCCGUCGAUCCUAUGACCGAGACGGGAAUAAAAUAAGCCAAACACGAGCAGAGCCACACCAUGUUCCCGAAGGGCACCAAGCGCAAGUUCUCAGACGCCGGAGAGGAAGCGGUCGGCGGCGGCGGCGGCGAUCAGGGCCCCUCGGCGGCGUCCUCCUCCUCCUCCUCCGCGGCGGCGGCGGCUGCCCGGACGCUAACGUCGUCCUACAGCCUGCAGCGGCAGUCGCUGCUCGACAUGUCGCUGAUCAAGCUGCAGCUGUGCCACAUGCUGGUGGAGCCCAACCUGUGCCGCUCGGUGCUCAUCGCCAACACGGUGCGGCAGAUCCAGGAGGAGAUGACCCAGGACGGCACCUGGCAGAUCAUGACCCAGGCCCUGGCGGCCGCCCAGUGCCCCGCCGACCGCCUGGUGGCCACCGAGGUGCUGUGCAGACAGACUGACCCGGCGGCACAGGCCGGCCAGAGCCCCAAGCCCUUCUCCGUGUCCGGCGUCGAGGAGGGCUACCAUUCGGAGGAGGUGGUGAUGGACGGAGACGUGGAGACGGAGGUCACCAUGUCGUCUUUGUCGCCGGCGUCGCCCCAUGCGUCCUCAGCCUCCUACCUGGCGGGCCCUUUCGGGAUGCGGCCCUGCUGGGAGGAGGAGGACGACGACGACGAGGAGGAGGAAGGCGACUGCGAGGAGGACGAAGAGGAGGACAGCGAGGAGUGCGCGUCGGAGGGAGAGGAGGCCGAGCAAGACCACCUAAGAGCAGACUCCCGGACAGGAGAGCAGGUUUUUGGGACUUUUGAGAUCAAGCACCCGGCGCCGCCCCCCGACCCGGCGCUCGACGAGCUGUUCUCAGACGUAGACCCGUCCUACUACGACCUGGACACGGUGCUGACGGGCAUGCAGAGCGCCCCCAAGAUGGGGCCGUACGAUCUGCUGGAGAGUCUGUCCUCCCACGGGCCCACGGCCCUGAGCUCCAGCUCGAGCUGCAGGUCCGACCUGAACGAACUGGACCACAUCAUGGAGAUCAUCGUGGGCUCAUGAAGGGCCGGCCACGGCGCUCGCCCCCCCGCAGACUCUUUCCAGACUAUGCACAGCACACGUGCAUGUUUGUGGUGAUGUUACAGAUUCUUACAGGUUUUGGGAACAAGGUGGGAGACUAAUCAUAGAAGGUCGACUUUCAGACUAAUUGCCAGAAAUCAAGGCCGAGAAACGAGAGACAUCGGGCUUUGAGCGGCCCACGUGAUCAGUGAGCAAAGUUAGUGUCCUGCUUUGUUAAGAAAGUCCAAAACUUGCUGAUAUCUGUGGAAAGGCAAAGAUAAUUACCAAUACUGCAAUGCAUUCUGAGUUUCUGUUGUUUCCAUGUUUCUGUCCGUCAUCCAUCCUCUCAUUCUAGCUCCUUCUGGUCCUACUCUGCCUUCUACGUCCAGUUCUAUUUAUUGUUACAUGGACCAAGGGACAGAUCACCACACUACAUGCACCGAAAACAGAACAAAUUGUAAAUCCAAAUCUAUGAAUCAAUGCAUAUUUUCCUAGAGAUUUGAGCAGUUAUGAAUGGAAUAUAUGUAAAUGUACGUAUGUGUAUAUAGAAAUAUAUUUUUUUGCAUUAUACGGCUUGGGGGUGGGGGGGGUGGGGGGGAUUUUGCAAGCAUCAUUUGAUAUAAUUAUUUUCUGGCCCAAGCGGUUUUUAAGGUUUUAAUGUAGCCAGACUGGAGACGGUGUCUUCCUGUGGUUUGGUAUAAUAAGUCAACAGUAAAAGGCGUAAGGCCUGCUUAUAUCACCCGUCAAGGCGCUGUUCUUUCAUUUCUGCUGAAGCUUCGCUGCUGAGCAGGAACUCACUGACCCACAUGUGGUUCGGGACUUUUUUCAGUUUACAGUAUCCAAGUGACAAAUGAAGUAGUUUGGCUGCUCUGCUUUCAACACACACCCAAUAAUGGUAAGAAGCAGCUUUUAUUUUCCUGAAGCAUCUGGGAAAAGCCUACCCCCCCCCAUCCCACCCACCUCCCAGGGUGAAACAGCAUCAAGAAGCCAUAUUUCUUUUCCUUUUUUUUCCUCAUUUGUCGCUGCAAGUGAAGAAGCCUCUGUAUUAACCCAUCUAAUUUAUUGUUUAUUUAUUGUAUUUAUUUUAUCCAGGUACAGACAUGCCAUAUCAACGUAUCAAUCCGACCACAAGGCCCGGCGAAAUUUGUAUUUAUAAAAAAAAAAAAAAUUGGUCCACUUUUAAAUGCAGUACCUAUUUAUUGCUAAUUUUUUUAUGACCAUUAGUAAAAACAGUAACCGGGCUAAUAAUAAAGUUACUAUGCAGCUCUGUCAUAUGUGUCUCAUAAUGACUGUAUUCUACUCAAAUGUCCUUAAAUUCCAUUAUGCAAACAGUCGUCUUUCUUCAAACCUGCAGAAAAUGGAAACUCUUUUUUUUUUUUUCUUCUUUUUUUUUUCUCCCCCAAAUUGCUUCUUAUGGUGAAUAAAACAUGAACUCAGGCAAAUGAAAUGUAUUGAUUUAAAAUACAGUAUUACAACACACUGAAUACCUUACCACAACCCUCCUGAAGGAUGUCAAUCUAGUCUGAAUAGGAGCUAGAACUUCAAAGACCUAAUUAUCUUUGUAAAAUGUAUGCAUUUUUAUAUAAAAAAACAUUGUAGCAUCUUUGUACAUAUUUUUUAUAAUAAAAGGUGCAACUAU